AUGGGCUCUUAUGCUGCACCUGCUCAAUUUCAUCAAAUUCAAACGCAAACAUAUAUUACAGCCAUGGAUAUAUCAGCUUCAGCUCAAACAUUAGCGUUUGCAGAUGGAGCAAGUUUUGUCUAUCAAUAUGCAGACCGUGAAGAAUUCGCUGUGAACCCUUACUCUCUACCUAUUGUCACACCUGAUCCACCCAUUGCUGAUAGUUCAAAUCAAUUGAUCAUUGAUGAUAAUGCAUCUCUUUCAUCAGUAGGUUUGCCAUACUAUACUGAACAACUUCUAUCUGUUUGGCCUAGCAACAAAGUGUACGAAGUUGGAGCAAAGCCUAUAGCAAUUGAUGACGAUAUCUUGAAAAACAUGAAAACCAUUGAUUUUGUAGGUUAUGCACGAAACCCAGGGAACAUUCACCGUAACCAAGUCCCCCGUAAGAAAAAAACUCUUACAAAAAAGUCCGGCCCCAAAUUCAGAUCAGAGCAGGAAAGAGAACUUUUGCUGCAACAGCAGCAAGGAACAGGAAGUAUUGACAGCAGUACCAGCUUUGCUCUACAUAACGAAGAAGGAAGUCUUCAGAGCGGUGAUGGACAACUGCCUUAUUUUGUCGGCACUUCGUCUUCGUUUGGCUCAACAAAUAACAGACGAUCCUCAUCUAUUGGCGACCUACAGCUCGCUGCUGUUGAUCCAGCCGUCAUUAAUAUGCCAAGAUAUUAUCAGCGUGUGGAAAUUCAAUAUAGUAAAUUUGGCGUGGAUGAUUUCGACUUUGGAUAUUAUAAUGCAACUUGUUAUGGAGGUUUAGAAACACAUAUACGAAACUCGUACUGUAAUUCAUUUUUACAGGUCCUUUAUUUCAUUUUACCGUUACGAAAAUAUGCGAAAUACCAUAUAAAGGUCGCGUGUCCUAAAGAUAAUUGUCUGCUAUGCGAAUUGGGUUUCUUGUUUCGUAUGUUGGAAGACUCAAAGGGUCAAAACUGCCAGGCUACCAACUUUUUACGUGCUUUCAGCACAAUCCCUCAGGCGGCAGCACUAGGAUUAUUCGAGCCAGAAACACCCGGCCGUAAUUUAUCUUUUUCUACCCUUAUGCAAAACUUUACGAGAUUUAUUAUGGAGCAAUUGCACCAGGAAUCGAAUUCAGCAUCAGGAAAUCCACUACUUUCGAAAGUUUUACGAAGAGAUAUCAAUAUGAAUCAAAAGACGAACAUUAAUAGUAAAAACAACAAGAAAAAUAACAGCACAGAUGAAGUUAUUGAAGAAAAUGAAAAAGAUAACACGACUGCCGAGGAAAAGAGCUCAUCUACGACGUUGCCUACAUUAGAAGUGCCCUCUCCAAUGCAGCAAUUAUUCGGCCUACAGACUCUUAGCCAAAGUAAGUGUGGUAUUUGUAAGCAAGAUGUUUCGCGUAUUACCUACCCCUUUGUCGUCGAUUUGUUAUAUCCGAAAAAGAAUGAUCGUAAAUUUCGCAAGCGAUCCUUUACAAAUAUUUUGAAAGCAAGCAUGUACCGUGAAAAUCAAACAAAAGCCUGGUGCGCCCAUUGUAAACAGUAUACACCUACAACUACAAAAAAAAUUAUUUGUGGCCUACCAGGGAUCAUGUUGAUUAACUCAGGCGCAGCUAAUCGAGAUGAGUCUUUCUUAUGGAAACAAAAUGGUCCGAACAGCCCCAAACAGACAGUUAACCAGCAUGAAGGAGGCGCGUCGACAGAAAAUAGUGACCAAGGAUCUGCAAAUGAAGACACAACACCAACUGUGAAUACAUAUGCUUCCUGGUUGCCCGAGAGGUUUGGUAUAUAUAUCAAUGGUACAGAAUUGGUGAUCAAAGCAUUACCAAAUGGCAAGGAAAUUCCUCCCGAGUUCAAAGGAUCACCCGAAACAUGUGCUAUAUACGAACUAUCGUCCACUAUUCUACAAAUUCAAGCUGACGAAGAAGAGACAACACACUUAGUGUCGCAAAUCAAAAUUCCUGAAACAGAAUUGUCAGAAUCAGAUAAUAAGACAUCACCCAAUUGGUAUCUAUUCAACGAUUUUCUUGUGCGAAAAAUUCGACCUGAAGAAGUUUUCUCAUUCAAGGGUACAUGGAAAACACCUGCUGUCCUUCAGUACAGCCGCGUCGAUUUAGACAAACUAUUGGAUUUGACCAUCCUUCCCUCCGAAGUUGAUUACUCACUCUUGUUUGAUGAUAUAUCUGUUGCUCAUCAUCCCAAUAACCAUCCUCGUCACAAAAUUCUCACUGAAGAAGAAAUGCCAAAACCAGGCACGUUAGUGGCCAUUGACGCUGAGUUCGUAGCUUUACAACAAGAAGAAACAGAAAUUCGUAGCGAUGGCACAAAAUCGCUGAUUAGACCAAGUACUCUAACCUUAGCUCGUGUCAGCGUGCUGAGAGGCGAUGAUGGACCUAAGGAAGGCAUACCGUUCAUUGAUGAUUAUAUUGCCACAAACGAGCCUAUUGUAGAUUACCUGACAGAAUACAGCGGUAUUAUGAAGGGUGAUCUCGACCGAGCUCAGUCUAAAUAUACACUAGUACCGCUAAAGGUGGCUUACAAGAAACUGAGGUUGUUAGUAGAUUUGGGAUGCAUAUUUAUUGGUCAUGGUUUAAACAAAGAUUUUAGAAUUAUCAAUAUUCUGGUGCCUCCAGAACAGAUUAUUGAUACUGUGGACAUUUACCAUAUUCGAAAUAGGCAAAGAAAGAUCUCACUGCGAUUUUUAGCUUGGCAUCUAUUGAACCAGGAUAUUCAAUCGGAAACUCACGAUAGUAUCGAAGAUGCGCGAACAGCUCUUGUGCUAUACAAGAAAUAUUUAGAAUUUAAAAAUAAUGGUACAUUCGGACAAGUAUUAGAAGAUGUUUACGAAGCAGGUCAUAAAGCGAAUUGGCUAAAGGGCACAAAAGAGUCACUAUCAAGAAUUUCAAGCCAACAGCAAAUGAAUAAUUUAAUUAAUGUUACUGCCAUCAACACUAGUGCUAAUGCUACCAACUCUUUAUUUACUACCGGACGAUCCAUCUCUUAG